GGCGAAGUCUCCCAAGGAGAAGGACACGUUCGCGAGGCUGCAGCGCGAGCUUCAAGACGUCGUCACCGCGGCGUGGGCGAAGGGGCAUCACGUCACGGAGACGGUUGCGAAGCACCUCGGCGGAAUGCUCGCGGAGUACCUCGCCGCCGCCGGGGAAGCGGAGACGUGCGCGCACGGGGGAGGCGACGGGUCGAGCGCGAGCCACGCGAUGGUUUCUUCUUCUCCGCGUGGCGGCGAUUGGUCGACGGACGUCGUCGCGAACGAUUCGCCGCUCGCGGUGAGCCCGCCGAACCGCGCGGGUGUCGGCGUCCGACAUGGCGCGUUCACGUCCGCGCCCGGGUCGCCUCUCUACGCGCGCGAGAAGCGGCACUCGUCGCACGUCCCCGGGGAGCGCCCGCACGGCGUCGUCGGGAUCGAAGACUUCGACGUCUUGAAGCUCAUAUCCUCCGGCGCGUACGGCAAGGUGUUCCUGUGCCGGAAGCACACGACGCAAGACGUGUACGCCAUCAAGGUGAUUCGCAAAAAAGAUUUGAUUUACAAAAACAUGACGCAGCAGGCGAUGGCGGAGCGAGACGCGCUGAUUCACACGGACAACCCGUUCAUCGUGAAGCUCUUCUACUCGUUCGCGUCCACGCGGCAUCUGUACAUCGUCACCGAGUACGCCAUCGGAGGCGAUCUGUACUCGUUGCUGAGGCAGUUGGGACGGCUCGGGGAGACGCACGCGAGACAGUACGCCGCGGAGGUUGCGUUGGCGUUGGAAUACUGCCACGCGCGGGGGAUCAUCCAUCGCGACGUGAAGCCGGAUAACUUGCUAAUCGCGGCGAACGGGCACAUAAAACUCACGGACUUUGGGCUGAGCACCCCCGACUACCUCGCCCCCGAGGUUCUGCUCUGCGAGCCGUACGGCCCGGAGGUUGACUGGUGGGCUCUGGGCGUCGUCGUGUUCGAGCUGCUCGUGGGGGUGCCGCCGUUUCACGCGGCGACGCCGGUGAAGAUUUUCGAAAACAUCCUC